GACCCCGGAAGCACAGCGGUGUUAUUAUGCUAACGAUGUGUCAUGAACACAUCAGGAUCUGGGUGGGAACUGCACACUUUUGGGGGAAAAGAAGAGUAGCAGACAGUUGUUGUUGUUUAUUUCUGGGACCUUUUAAGACAAAUAAGAAACACUGUCUCCGUGGGUAGGCUGUCAUAAAGUUACCACGAUAGCAGGACUGAGAAACAGACUUUAACUGCUAAGCUACGCUGAUCUUCUACUGCUAGCAAGAGGGCUAACUGGCUGAUUCCGCGUCUUGGUGUGUCCUGACUGGACGGCAGAGGGAUGUCCUGCAGCUUGUUGGAGUUUUGUUGGCUCCAGGAGCUCAAAACGGUCCGGGACUUCUUGUAUCAAAGCAAGAAAACCGAACCAGCCGAGGAGAAGAAUCAAACAGAUAAUGAGCUGUCUUGGGACACUUCUGACUGGGAGUCGGCAUGGGAUGGAGGUGAUAACAAAGAGGGGGAAUCCACGGACAACAACAAAACGGGACAAUCCACUUCUGCCACUACGGUGGAGGAGGAGACGGCUGGGCAGAAAGACCCCUGGCUGCAGGACUGUGUUGUGUCGCUGUCGCCCUGCUCUGACCUGCUAGUUGUGGCUCGUGAACACAGGGCGGUCUUUCUAUCAGCUAAAUGGCGUACAGAUGACAGCGGCAGAGAGGAGAUGACCCUGGCUGUGUCCUGGUCUGGAACCCUCAGCUCUGAAGAAGGAGAGUGUGUGAGCAGCGCCAUCUGCAUCCCCUUGGCAAGCCAAAAGAGGAGCUCCACUGGGCGACCUGAUUGGACAUGUGUAGUAGUGGGUUUCACAUCUGGUUACGUCCGCUUCUACACAGAGAGCGGGGUUCUGCUGCUGGCCCAGCUGCUGCAUGAGGACCCUGUGCUGAGGCUCAAGUGUCGGACGUAUGAGAUCCCUCGUCAUCCUGGAGUAACUGAGCAGCAUGAGGAGCUGAGCAUCCUCUACCCUGGUGCUAUGGUCACUAUAGAUGGCUUCAGUCUCUUUCAGUCUCUGCGGGCCUGCAGGAACCAGGUGGCCAGAGCUGCAGCAGCAGGUAGUGAUGUGAUCCAGCCUCCUCCCCUGGCCUAUAAGAAGUGGGGCUUACAGGACAUGGACACCAUUGUGGACCACAGCAGCGUGGGCAUUAUGACACUGUGUGUGUUUGACCAAAUGAAGAACGCGUCUAUCCUGGGGGGAUUCAGUGCUUCAGUCAAAGGCAGCCCCCCCGCCAUGAGCCAGUAUGUGACGGUGGGAGCUGGGCCAUACACAGGCUUUUACUACGCUGUAGAGGGAAGUUCCCAGCCUCUCCUGUCACAUGUGGCUCUGGCUGUGGCCAGCAAACUCACUUCAGCCCUCUUCAGUGCUGCCAGUGGGUGGUUAGGAUGGAACAAGAACAAGACUGAAGAAGAGGCUGUCCAGAAACAGAAGCCCAAGGUGGAGCCUGCUACUCCUUUAGGGAUCAGAUUCGGUCUCCCAGACUCCCGGCGCCACGGCGAGUCUAUAUGUCUGUCCCCAUGCAACACACUGGCUGGAGUAACGGAUGACUUUGGUCGAGUUACGCUGCUGGACUUGGCCAGGGGUAUUGCCAUCCGCAUGUGGAAAGGUUACAGGGACGCCCAGCUGGGAUGGCUGCAGGUCCCAGAAGAGCGUGGUGAUCGGGAGUUCUCCCCCUCUGCUUCCCUUCCCAGACGCCAUGCUCUGUUCUUAGUCAUCUAUGCCCCUCGGAGGGGAAUCCUGGAGGUGUGGGCGAUGCAGCAGGGGCCUCGAGUUGGUGCUUUCACUGUGGGAAAGCACUGCAGGUUAUUGUAUGCUGGCUACCGUCUGAUGGGGGUCAACAGCGUGACCAGUCAGGGCUGGCAGCUCCACACCCAGCAGGUUUGUCUGAUGGAUCCGUCCACAGGAGCACUGAGGACAGUGAACGUCCCCUUCCACCUGGCCCUCAGUGACAAGAAGAGCGAGCAAGCCAAAGAUAUGCACCUGGUGAAGAGACUGACUACUCUCCUGAAGAGCAGAGAUGUGGAGCCUGAUAUUUUGGAGAGCGAAGCCAGAAGUAUUCUCCUGGAUAUCAAACAUCCUGCUAUCAAGAAGCAGGCUCUGGAGUCUCUGCUAUCAAAUAAGAAUGCUCCUGUCUCUUGUCUUACAAACAUCACAUGUGCCUUACAUGACACUUUAAAGCAAAAAGACCCUGAGGAGGUGGACAUCACAUUACUCCAGCUCUGCUCCUCACAGCUGAAGUUGCUUCAGCUGUACACUGACAUCCAUCAGCUGCAUUCUGCACCAAAUGUUGAGGGCUCCACUGAAAACGACUCCCUUGAAGGCAUAGAAGAUGAAUUGUCCCGUAUUGGGCCAACAUUGCAACACUAUGCUCAGCACAGCUCAAGACCCAGCGUUUCCUUUGCCCAGGACUCACCUGACUCCCCCCCACCUGCCCAGACUUUCCUCUCUCAGAUGGAGGUCACAGAUGAUGGGGAGCUAAAGGUGAUUCGUGGGUCUGAAGCUGAAUGGAACCAGCUCGGAAACUUUUUGUUCUGGGGUUGUCUGUGUGGAAAAAGCCCACGCCAUAAAGUCUGUGAAACACUCCAACAGGCUGGCAUCAGUCCACAGCAGCUACUGUCUUUGUUGCUGAGCGUGUGGCUGCAAAGGGAGAAGGAGGUUCUACAGAAACCAGUGGAAAGUGUUCGAAACCUGCACACACUACUGGCUGCUCUUAGUAACAUGAAAGGUGCGGUUGAGGAGUCCUGGGACCCCCAGUCCGUCUCCCCCUGGUGGCAGCAGGUUCGCUGUACGUGUAUCCAGUCUCACAAUGCUGCCGCUGCUCUGCUAGCUGCCCUGGUCGCUCACCGUGCUGCUAAAGCGAGCAUCACAAGUCGGGCUGACAGCAAGCUGCAGUCAGAGUGGGAGGCGGUGUCGCUGGAGCUGGAGCAGUGGGUGGUGUGUGUCCGGCAGCUGGAGGAUGUUCUGGUGCUGCAGACUCUGCUGUUGGUGCCUCCUCUUCAGGGGCCAGCAGGGGGCGCUACCGUCCAGUGCUCCAUCAAAACACUGCUGGAGGGAGGCACAGGUGGAAUUGCAGACAGUGUUUCCAAGUGGGUGUUCAAGCAGAGCAUGGCCCCUGAGCGGCUGAAGGAAAUCCUCCAGAAGAGAGAGAACACAGAUGGAGAUGAUAAACGGCAUAAAGAAGGGGAAGAAGGAAAUGAGGAGAAGGGCCAAAAAGACCCAGACGGGACAGCAGAGCUGUUGGUGGCUGUAUGCCAGCGGUUCCCACACUCCCUCUCACCUGACUUGCUCUUUGCCCACUGCUGCUGGGAAUAUGUGGUGCAGUGGAACAAAGACCCAGAGGAGGGUCGAUACCUGUGCUGGGCUGUGGAACAUCUGAAGCUGAUCUCCAGUCCUCAUAUUCAGCUGGGUAUUUCUACAAUGAUGUGGAGCACAUUUAUUGUGAAGCGUUUCUCAGCAGCAGCCUUCCUGAUGGAGAAGGUCGGGAAAGCACCCAAAGAUCGCCUAUGUCGACGGGAUGUCGGAAUGGGAGAUAAAGCCAUGACGUCUUUCCUGGGCUGCUGUGUUCAGUUGCUGCAAGUCCUCAUGGAGGUGACUGGAGAGUUGGUUAAGAAUCAGUGCCCUUUGUCUUUUAUUAAUUACUAUGCCGACUCUGCAGUGGAGGAGGUUUCUGCUCCAGAACUGUCUGUGGAGGAGGCCUGGUGUGGAGCUGAGGGUCCUGCCUCCAUAGCUGAACUGGCCCUGGAUCAAAGAGGCGUCCACUUCCCCCUGGUCCAACACCACUGCCUGCUAGCAUCUCUGCUUCACGCUGCGAUGACCUUCAGCCUCAGGGUGAAACCACUGAGCCUGUUUGAUAGUAAGGGUAAGAAUGCGUUCUUUAGAGAUCUGACCACCAUCCAGCUGAUGCCCAGUGGAGACAUGGACCCCGGCUUGGUGUCACUACGGCAGGAGUUCCUCCUUCGGGUGCUGACCGGCUGGGUGCAGGCUAUAGAUGAUUUUUCCAGCUCGGCCUCCGGUUCUCCUCCUCUGCCUUCUACUGGACCCAAGGCCGACUGGUGGCCCUCCAUGUGUCUGGAGCUGGGCUCCCUGCUGCAGGUCAACCCAGACAUCCUGCAACGGCAUCUCGUCUGUGAGCUCUACAACCAAGGCCUGGACCUCCGAGCUGAGGAGGUGAUGUUAGAAGUGGAAGAUAAGGAUGUGCUGGGCUCCCAGCUCCUGGUUCUGACUGGGCAAAGGCUGAGCUACUCUCUUCUCCACAGUCAGAGCCAGACCCAGGCUGCCAUGGAGCUGCUGGCCCGCCUGCCCCCCACCCUCUGCACAUGGCUGAAAGCUAUGGACCCCAGUGAGCUGAGGUGUCCCCUGGUCCCUCUGCCUCAGACCAGCCGGCUGGUCGGCCGUCUGAUCGAGAUGCUGCCAGAAAAACACGCCCAGUACAGCCUGGCUCUACACCUGCUGGAAGCCAUAGAGGCCCUGACCACCGAGGACUGACCUGCUGCUGCAGAACGAUGGAGAAGGCAGAAAGACAACCCCAGCAUAUGCAGCAUCAGAGACACAGUGAACAGAGAGAGGAGAUAAGAGCCUUCUUACCCCACCUUCAUUCUGUCAUUAAGGAGGUUUUGUUUAACUCAUGUUAAUACUGAUCACUUCAUUGUCAGAUUUAUUGUAGGUGUUGAAUAGAGUGGAGAUCACAGGCUUUUAACCUUUUUUAAUUCAUAUUUUUCUGCAUGUAUCAUAACUGAUAUUGAAUAUUUGUGUUGUUGAGUAUUGGGGGGGGGGGGGGGGGGGCAGUUAUUAAGGAAUGGGGCAAGUCUUUUCUUGGUCACUUCAUGCUCAUUUCACUCAGUUUGACUUCAACAUGUCCUCUGUGCCAUAUCAGACUUCAGACAGUUCUACUUUCUUUUCCCCACAGACAGCAGAUGUAUCAUAAAGAAAUCUGGAGCUUAUUUUUAUUUAUAUUUGCAGACUGUCCUCACUGGCCUCCAAAGCAGAAUAAAGAGAUUUAUGAAAUGAAAA